UAAUGAAAGGGUAGUUACUGGGUAUGGCAUCAGCUGUUAGGAAUGGUAACAUUGUAGGAAGGCCUAGUAUCGGUGGUGGCGAGACGAUAGCUGAAGGGGAAAAAAAAUUACAGGAUGAACUGUCUCAGGUUGAAGAUGAAAUUCGUCUUCUCCAAGAAACCCUUGCCGCGAAAAUUCGUCGAUGUAAUGAAAUAAAGAAGACUCUUGGCUAUACUUCUCUUUCAACAUUACAAUAUGAUCUCAUGGAAAGUAUUCAUAAAUUAGAAGACACUAAGACAUAUAUUAAAGCUAGUGAACUGUUAAACAAAGCAAAGGAUAAAACAGUGAAUAUAGCCCAAGAUACUAAAGAGAAAGUCGGGUCAACUAUUGCUGCAAUCCGAAAUUCAGAUGUUGUUAAGUCAUUAAACGAUAAAGUUGGUUCAGCUUUCUCAACAGUCAAGAUAAUUUGUUUGGAUAAGUUAACCUAUCAUCCAGCAGUUGCAUGGAUUCCAUCUAAAAAUACGAUUCGUGCUGCUAUAAUUUAUUCAACCUAUGGUCAUUUCCCGGAUGAUGAUGAUGACAAUUAGUCGGUGUACAUAAUGAUAAGAAGAGUCCGUUUACCGAAUAGAACAACAUCAACAACAACUACUGCUACUACUAUACAGUUAACGAUACAGUGUUGUGUUGUCUGUCCACAGACUUAGAAAUAGACACAUGCAAACACACACUGAGUUCAUUUGAUAACUACCCGGUUGUUUUACUUCAUUGGUUCUGGUUCUGACUAUUACUUUUUUCUUUGGUAUUCUUAUUACAAAUAUAUGUAUGUUUAUGUA